UUGUAGCUUGAGUUGUUGAAUUCGAACCAUAUGAGCCCUACAUCUGGAAAGAAAAUAACAGCAAAACAUCCCUCACCCAGCGACAUUUUCCAGAUACGAACUACUCUGAACGACAGACUCAAUCCAAAAUAAACUAUCAUGGCCGACGCAAGCUCAACAUCGAACAUCACACCCAGUGCACCAUCUCCCACCCGUCGCCAUUGGAACGGCGCCCCCGGUGAUCGCCAUGAACAUCACAAUGUCUGGCUCAGAGGCGGCAUCAAAGGCCCUGCCACAACAGCACCCUGGAAACUAGACGCUCCCAUCGAAGGAACCGAACAACGACGAACCUCCGACGCUUCUACAUCCUCUAACUCCAGCAACCGCCGCAAGAGCAGCACUCCCGGCCUCUUCGCCAACCUGACAACUCAGAAGAGAGACUCUCCAGAUGCUGCUUCUGCCGCGAGAAGAGAGAGUUUCAAUGAGCAGAUAGCGAAAGGCGGAGCCUUUUCGAAGUGGUGGCAUGGAUAUACUAGGGGAGCUUGAUUGUGUGAUGGACUUAGGAGAUUGUCGCAAUUUUUUUUUAUAUGGAUUUAUUCUUCUUAUUAUUAUUAUAUUCAUAUUUUGUAUAUGAGAUCAGGAGUCAAGAGUAGUGGCGAGAUAAAUUGAUACCAUUGGAAUUCCUGCAUGAUGAAAUUGCAGUGAGUGGUUUUUAGCAGGUUGGAACCAUUCAAGUUAUGAGUAAUACUGUAUUUCCAUUCGAGUAGGUGUAGUGAUCUCUGGCUUGAUUACAGCGUAAGACGAUCUCAGUAGAAUCAAUGGUAUCUUAAGAAUUGAUAGAUCUAAGCAUUUG